CUGCUACCACGCGUGGUGCUGCUCUCCCCACAUCAGAACCUUCACAACCUCUGUGUUCCACGUGUCUGUAUCUGACAGGCGAAUGCAUCGGGCCAGAGUGGUCCAUCAAGCAGAGCGUCUCGUAAGUGUGACCCAGACGCUGACGAGGAUCCACGUGGCGGGGACAGUUCCGAUCCGAUCCGUUACAAUCGCUUCAUGUUGUUUCCUCUUCAGUUUCUCACUCCAAACAACACAAACACAACACAAAAUCGCUCUCCUUUUCAUGAUUUUCUGCUGAGUCCUUCUCUUUUUCUCUUUCUCUUACUCUUUCUCGCUCUUAGAACGACAAUGGCGUUUGGUGGUACCGGAUGAAACGCGGCCUCGUGGAAGGGGUUGCGUAGGUCGGAAUCUGGUGCCGGAGUGUGCAUUGGGAUUUUACAAUGGGGAAUUGUGAUCGUUCUUUCCUUUUUUGAUUCAAAUCUAAAGAGAAAGAGAGAGAAAGAGAGAGGUAGUUGUUGUUGUUGAGUUUUAUGAUGGCUGAAUUGGUGGCCCGAACAGGUCGGCAUCAGCAGCGAUACGAACAUGGGUAUCGACUAAUCGCAGGGUGUGUUCCAUUUAGAUAUAGAGACGGUAAUGAUGGCUGUGGGGAUUCUUCUGAAAAGACUGUCGAAGUGCUUAUGAUUAAUUCAACCAGUGGACCAGGUCUUUUAUUUCCGAAGUGUGGUUUUGCUUUGCUAUUGAAGGGAGGUUGGGAGAAUGAUGAAACUGUUGAGGAGGCUGCUGUAAGAGAAGCCAUUGAAGAAGCGGGAGUUCGAGGAGAUCUAAUGGAUUUUCUUGGGUACUAUGAAUUUAGGAGUAAGACCCUCCAAGAUGAGUGCAGUCCAGAAGGUUUAUGUAAAGCAGCAAUGUUUGCAUUGUUUGUGAAGGAGGAACUUGAGUCAUGGCCGGAGCAAAGCACAAGGAAAAGGAGUUGGUUAGCUGUAUCUGAGGCGCUGGGAAGCUGCCGGCAUGCAUGGAUGAGGGAUGCCCUGGAAUGCUUCUGUAAAUGGCAUGAGGAGUGCAAUGGAGGAGGAUCGAGACUGCAUUAGGGACAGUUGUUCUAGCAAAGAUAUUUCCUAUCAGGAUGACAUAGGCAGGGUCCAGAUUUGUGGGUUUUUUUCUUUUUGCUUGAUGAUGGUACUUUAAAAAUCUUUUUAAUAUAUUUUAAAACAUCAAAAACAGUACCAAGAAAAAACCCAACAAAGAAUCUAAAUUUGACAUAGACAGUGGUUGAUUGUCU